UCAACUGUCAAAUAUUUGUUUUUGAGGUUAUGAGAACUACAAUAACUCAAUUUUUACGAAAAAAUAAGAUACACAACACCAAAUAAACAAUAAAUAUGGAAUCACAAGCCCAGAAACCACGGAAAAAACCAACCAAAAUCGAAGAAAUGUCCAAAGAGCAGAUACGCCAAGCCAUUUUAAAGAAACGCGAAUGCAACAACAAAGCACAGGCUAUUGUUGAGAGUUUACUAGAAAAAAACAUAACUGACGAGUUCUUCUUACGUUGCCUGAACGAUAUCAACCAAAGCCACUUGGAAGAUGUGAUUGAAGAGAGAUCUAUCAUCCAUUUGUGUGGUUAUCCUUUGUGUACAAAACCCCUAUCCGUGAAGGAUAUACCUAAGCAAAAAUAUCGAAUCUCAAUGAAAACCAAUAAAGUGUACGACAUUACCGCGAGGAAGUCUUUUUGUAGUAACAAAUGCUAUGAAUCGGCGAUGCAUAUAAAGAAACAAAUGCUGACCAGCCCGCUGUGGUUCAGGGAGUACGAGGUGAUCCCCAAGUUCCACCUGAUGCCCGUGGAGACCGCCGGCAGCAUGGGGCAGGAGGUGGACGUGGCGCUCAUAGAGAGGGUGCAGAUACAGGGUGAACAGAAACACACAUUCACCUCCAUCAAUGACUUCACCAGCGCCAGCCUCAGUGACAUGAAUGAAGAUAACACUAAUGAGAACUCCCCUGCUAUUGAAGUAUCUGUGUCAGAUGACAUGCUUAAAAGUAAAACAGAAACCAAUAAAGAUCUGAAUGUUACUGAUAAGUCUGAAGUAUCAAAUGAUGCUAGGAGGAUUGACAAUAUUAAUGAAGGACUGAAAUCUAUUAAAAUUAACUCUGAAACAAAGACACCAACACCAAGUAAAAAGCCCAAGCCAAACCCAUUGAACAUUGUUGGAGAUGUUAUUGAGAAACCAGAACAAAAGAUAGACCCUAUACUGACUGACAUUCCAGAAGCCAAACCAGUAACAAAGCCAGCUAAAAAGGUGACACAGAAGAAGCAGCCUUCAGUCACAGCAAUAACUAUUGAAGUUGAAAAGUCUCUUGCUGAGUGGUGCACUCUUGACACUAUGCUGUUCCUAUUUGGGGAAGAAAAAGUAAAAGAAAUGGUGACAGAUAAAGGUGAGUGUAUAAAGGACUACCUAAACAACUAUGCUAAGAGCAUAUUCUACACUUCAAACUCCUAUGAUCAGUACCAAGCUCUGUGCCGAAAGCUUAAUGUGCUGGAGCUUGAGGAUAAGAAGCUGGACAGCCAGAUACUGCAGCGGGAGACCAAGCCACUGCCAGACUACUCCAUUUUACAGGAAGAAAGCAAAAAACUGCAGCUGAAAGUAAAAGCUUUCUAUUCUGGUGAAACUGACAUCCCAGUAUUAGAUACAAACACAGAAAGCCCUGGCAAUGUUGAGGAAGAAGAUGGUUUAACUGUAAUACCUCUAGUGGAUAAGAAUGCACAGAAUGCUUUACGCAGAAAAAUUGUUUGCAAUCAAUUGAAUAAAGUGUUGCCAGACUUGCUGAGGUCCCUUGGCUUGCUUACUUUGAGUAUUAGCAGUGAUGUGAGACUUUUAGUGAACACUUUCAAGCUUAGGGCAGACAACAUUAUGUUUAAGCCGAUCCAGUGGACCCUGAUUGCCAUUAUAAUCAUCAAGAUGCUCUCGCUCAGAGAUGAGAGGUUGCGGUAUCUGCUGCAGCAGCCGACGUCCUACAAGCACAUGCAACUAUUGCUGCUGAGCUACAAGCAGGAAGGAGGGUAUUUAGAUAGACUGAUCUCCUGGCUGACAGAUGUUGAUAGAUUGUUGGACACUAAUGAUAUACAGUUGACUGUUGACCCAUGAUUGCAUUGUGUUGUGUAAUGUUACUUGACUAUUUUUAUUUAUUGUGAUAUUAGAUAUACUUA